AUGGUGCAGGAGGCAGUGUCCUGGGUGGUGCAGAGCAUGGUCCUGGAUGGUGCAGGAAGCAAUGGCCAGGGUGGUGCAGAGCAGUGGUCCUGGGAGGUGCAGGAGCAGUGGUCCAGGAUGGUGCAGGAGAAAAUUUGGGGAGCAGUGUCCUGGAUGGUGCCAGGAGCAGUGGUCCUGAUGGUGCAGGAGCAGUGUCCUGGUGGUGCAGGAGCAGAGUCCGGGAUGGUGCAGGAGCAGAGGUCCCUGGUUGGUGCAGGAGCAGAGGAGCAGAGGUUCCCUGGAUGUGCAGGAGCAGAGGUCCUGGAUGGUGCAGGAGCAGAGGUCCUGGAUGGGCAGGAGCAUGUGUAA